UGUCACAUCUCAACAAGACCUAACCAUGGACUUAGCCUCACGGUUACGAUUCCUCGUAUACUGCUCUGUAGCAUCUUCUGUCAGCGGCAUGUUCAUUAACGAUUGGGACAAGUCCUUUGACUUCAAGUGUCCGGCUGGUCAAGCGGUCAGUUACAUCGCAAGCGAGCACAACAACUUUUACGAAGACCGGAGAUGGGAGUUUGCUUGUCGGGACGUCGGGGCGACUGAGCAGUGUGUGGACAGUGGCUACGUGAACGAGUUCGACCUCCCCGUCGCCUUCACGUGUCCCGGCACCUCCGUCCUGACCGGCGUGUCCAGCUACAACGACAACCACUACGAGGACCGCCGCUUCCGGUUCCAGUGCUGUAGCGUCCCCCGCGGGGCGCCGGGCGACUGCCACGUCACGGCCGAGCUGAACAAGUUCGACGAGAAGCUGACCCUCCAGGUGCCGGAGGGUCAGGUGAUCCGGUCGGUGUUGAGUAACCAUGACAACCACUACGAGGACAGGGUCUGGAAGUUUGAGCUGUGCAAGCUGAAGAAGACUGGGUGCAGGAAAUGAACUUACAACAUCACAUUUUAACUUUGG